UGACAAUGAAUGAGAGUAAAAUGCAUUCAAUUAAUUUAGUAACAAAGACAAAUGUGAAUAUUACUUACUUUAGAUUAUAUUUGGUUGACAACACAGCUCUGAAAAAGGAAUAAAAAUCUUAACUAUGCUAGUUUCUCACACGUAUAUAAAUAAAUGUACUAGUAAGUAUGUAGUGCAUACAAGUUGUAUAUUCCCUAGGGGAUGGGACGGAAACUGUUAAAUGAUAUGUGUCUGAUGCUAUGUUCUGGUGGGAGUAACCAGUGAGAUCCCUUUAAGAGUCUGUGUGUGACCUGUAUAUAAGCUCAGUCCUCAAUCGUCAUUCAGAGUGCUUAGUCUUGCCUCUGCUGGGCUCUACCAAACGUCACUCAUCAUGGAUGAUAUUUACAAGGCAGCGGUCGAGCAGCUAACAGAAGAACAAAAGAAUGAAUUCAGAGCCGCUUUUGACAUUUUUGUACAAGAUGCAGAGGAUGGAUGUAUCAGCACAAAAGAACUGGGAAAAGUUAUGAGAAUGCUUGGUCAGAGUCCAACCCCUGAGGAGCUGCAAGAGAUGAUAGAUGAGGUGGAUGAGGAUGGAAGCGGUACUGUAGAUUUUGAUGAGUUCUUAGUUAUGAUGGUCCGAUGUAUGAAAGACGACAGCAAAGGAAAAUCAGAAGAGGAAUUAGCAGACCUUUUCCGCAUGUUUGACAAAAACGCUGAUGGAUACAUUGACCUUGACGAGUUAAAGCUCAUGUUAGAAGCAACAGGUGAAACCAUCACAGAAGAUGACAUUGAGGAACUUAUGAGAGAUGGAGAUAAAAAUAAUGAUGACCGAAUUGAUUAUGAUGAAUUUCUGGAAUUUAUGAAAGGAGUGGAAUAAUCUGAAGAAAGCAAUUCACCAUUCUUAUAGUUAUGUUCUGAAUUUACUAUAAUUACUAAAAUAUUAAUAGGGAUUUCAGGGCAGAUGGAUUUUUUCUAAAUGCAUCUGGGCUUUUAACAGUGAGCCAUACACAUU